AUGGCAUCUCCUGCUCCAACCGGUGGUGCUACCGGCGAAGCGGAGCACCACCACCAUCACGACGGAGAGGAGCAGCACAACCAUCGCCACCACCACCACCACCACGGCGAAGAGGAGCAGCACAACCAUCGCCACCACCACCACCACCACGGCGAAGGGGAGCAGCAGCACCACCACCACCACCACGGCGAAGGGGAGCGGCACCACCAUCACCACCACCACGGCGGAGAGGAGCACGACCAUCACCACGAUCAUGGCGGUGAUCAUCCUCACCGGGACGGAUCGAGUGGGACGUCGUGGGUGGGGACUGACGGGAGGGUGUACCACAGCCACGAUGGGCUGGCGCCGCAUUCCCACGAGCCGAUUUACUCACCUGGAUUCUUCAGCAAGCGGGCGCCCCCGCUGCUCACUCGGGACUUCCGCGAGCGCGCCUUCACCGUCGGCAUCGGCGGGCCCGUCGGCACCGGGUUGGCCUUUCAAUGA